CCAUUCUUCUCAGAAUUCAGGUUAAAUAACUCCUCAGCUCCAGUUGAGAAGUGACUACGUGCAGGCAGCCCUGUUCUGAGUGUUGGGAUAUGUGGUGAACGUGUCAGAUAAGGUUCCCUGUUAGGGAAAAGGAUAAUAAUUAAGUAAAGAAGACAACUUCAGAUACUGGUAAGUGCUUAGAGUGAUGAGUGACUAGAAGAGAGCUGUUGUAGAUGAAGUGUUCAGAAAAAAUGUUUUGACUAAAUCUUUCAGGGAAGCCCUCUCUACAAGAGGUGACAUUUGUGGAGAAACUUGGAUGAUGAAAAGGGGCCAGUCAUGUGAAGAUCUGGGGGAAGGAAGAGUUUUCAGUGCUGAGAGAACAGCAAGUGUGAAAGUUCCACAAUGGGAAUGCACUUGGCGUGAUGGAGAAGUGGCACAGCUGUGGCUUUGUGGCUUUCUGACAGGAAGAAGAGAGCACUACAGAAGAAGAAUGUUGAUGUCCGUAGAAGAAUUGAACUUAUUCAAGAUUUUGAAAUGCCUACUGUUUGUACCACUAUUAAGGUGUCAAAAGAUGGACAGUAUAUUUUAGCAACGGGAACGUAUAAACCUCGGGUUCGAUGUUAUGACACCUACCAGUUGUCCCUGAAGUUUGAAAGAUGUUUAGAUUCAGAAGUUGUCACCUUUGAAACUUUGUCUGAUGACUAUUCAAAGAUUGUCUUCUUACAUAAUGAUAGAUACAUUGAAUUUCAUUCACAAUCAGGUUUUUACUAUAAAACCAGAAUACCAAAGUUCGGGAGAGACUUCUCUUACCAUUAUCCAUCCUGUGACUUGUACUUUGUUGGCGCAAGCUCUGAAGUUUAUAGGCUAAACUUAGAACAAGGACGGUACCUGAAUCCUCUACAAACUGAUGCUGCGGAGAAUAAUGUUUGUGACAUAAAUUCGGUGCAUGGCUUAUUUGCCACAGGAACAGUAGAGGGUCGAGUGGAAUGCUGGGACCCAAGAACUCGAAGCAGAGUUGGCCUGUUAGACUGUGCAUUAAGUAGUGUCACAGCAGAUUCAGAGAUAAACAGUUUACCAACAAUCUCUGCUUUGAAAUUUAAUGGUGCCUUGACCAUGGCGGUUGGAACGUCCACGGGGCAGGUUUUAUUAUAUGAUCUUCGAUCUGAUAAGCCAUUGCUAGUUAAGGAUCACCAAUAUGGGCUGCCCAUUAAGUCUGUUCAUUUCCAGGAUUCAUUAGAUUUGAUUUUGUCAGCAGACUCUCGAAUUGUCAAAAUGUGGAAUAAGAACUCAGGAAAAAUAUUUACUUCCUUGGAGCCAGAACAUGACAUUAAUGAUGUCUGCCUCUAUCCCAACUCAGGAAUGCUGCUCACUGCCAAUGAAACCCCCAAGAUGGGCAUCUAUUACAUUCCGGUUUUGGGUCCUGCUCCCAGGUGGUGUUCCUUCUUAGACAACUUGACAGAAGAAUUAGAAGAGAAUCCAGAAAGCACAGUUUAUGAUGAUUACAAAUUUGUCACCAAGAAAGACCUUGAAAAUUUAGGGCUCACACAUCUCAUUGGAUCACCUUUUCUCCGGGCAUACAUGCAUGGAUUUUUCAUGGAUAUAAGACUCUAUCACAAGGUGAAGUUGAUGGUAAAUCCAUUUGCUUAUGAAGAAUAUAGAAAAGAUAAGAUCCGACAGAAGAUAGAAGAAACACGUGCACAGAGAGUCCAAUUAAAGAAAUUGCCAAAAGUUAACAAAGAGCUGGCGCUUAAAUUAAUUGAGGAAGAGGAGGAGAAGCAAAAAUCUACAUGGAAGAAGAAAGUUAAGAGCCUCCCUAAUAUUCUCACCGAUGAUCGAUUUAAAGUUAUGUUUGAGAACCCUGACUUCCAAGUAGAUGAAGAGAGUGAAGAAUUUAGGCUUUUGAAUCCACUUGUUUCAAAAAUUAGUGAAAAAAGGAAGAAGAAACUAAGACUCUUAGAGCAACAGGAACUUCAUGAAAAAGAAGAGGAGGAAGAACCGGAAGGAAAACCAAGUGAUGCCGAAAGUUCUGAGAGUUCAGAUGAUGAAAAGGCCUGGGUUGAAGAGGUCAGGAAACAACGCAGACUUCUCCAGCAGGAGGAAAAAGUGAAGCGGCAGGAACGACUCAAGGAGGACCAGCAGACGGUCCUCAAGCCCCAGUUUUAUGAGAUCAAAGCAGGAGAAGAAUUCAGAAGCUUCAAAGAUUCUGCCACAAAGCAGAAGCUGAUGAAUAAAACCCUUGAAGAUCGUUUGAAACUGGAAGCAAAAAAUGGGACGUUGAGUGUAUCAGACACCACGGUUGGCAGCAAACAGUUGACAUUCACUUUAAAGAGGUCUGAACAGCAGAAGAAGCAACAGGAGGCAGAGAAACUGCACCGACAAGAGAGGAAAACCCUCCGUCGUUCGGCUGGUCACCUGAAGUCAAGACACGGGAGAGGACGGCCGUUUCACUGAAUCUGGAAAUGAUCCUACGCGUUAUUGGGAAGGAGCACAUCUCCCCCGGAUUGACCAUCAUGAGUACAUUAUACACAGACAGGGGAACACACAUUUUAAAAGUUACGUGUCAACUCUUGAUCGUCUACAGAGGUAAAGAUUUGACAACUUGCACCCGUACCUCUACCUUCUGGGUCGGACUUUGAAACUGCUCCCCGCACUGAUCAGUGCGGUCGCCCCCAGGGCACUUGUUGUAAGUCGUCGCUCCCUGUAAACCUUGUCCUCUUUCCCCUGGUCCAUAUCAAGUAAACCAGGUUGUUGCUUUUUAAUAUUGUGAAAUGUGUACCAUGAAAUGGGAGGUUAUCCUGCGUUAAAAACCAAGAUUAUCAUGUUCUAGGAACUUUUUUCUUUGCAAUGCCUGCUGCCACUCACAAUGAAACCACCCAGAAAUAUCAGUCCUGCCUUACCUAACAGACAGGUAUUGAUCGUGUUUGUGUUUAUGAUUGUAUAUUGGUAGGUUUGUUGCUUGCUUAUGUGUUAGUUUGGGAUUUUUUAAAAAAUAUUUUCAUACCAAGAAAAUAUAAUUUAAUAGUAAUAACAACCUAAAGCAAGAAAUGGAACCUACUGGUUAUUCUUUUAACUUGGCACAAGAUUAAAUACAGAUUUUUUCUGUUUCUUAAGUGCAAUUAAAGAAAACAUUUGUAAAAAUAACUACUUUUCCUUUGAACAGCUUCUUCAAGAAAGACGCAUUCCUGGACUUAUUUGAAAGUUAGUCUGGUUCCCUUAGUUUUUCAGGUAUCAGUGUGAUUUUGGAAGUGCGUUUCCUUAUGUACAACUGGAAUAGUAUCUCUUUGGACUGUGAGUGAUCAAGCCUAACGUGAAAUGCCGUAGGCAGAAAGGCAGAGUGAGUUAAUUAGCGUGACCAGGCUGUAGGACCAGUCACCAGUACAGGCGCCGCGAGGACUCCCGGGUCCAGGCCCCAGAUUUACUCAGGUCUCUCUCUCUCCUUUCUUUUCUUCCUCCCAUUUCAACACUCUUCCUUCUCUCUCCGGUCUCCCCUUCUCGCUUUCCUUGGCGUCUUUCCCUUGCCCCGUCAUAUGUCUGCUGCUUCUGCAUGGACUGGCUCACUCCCCCAGGCGGAGAACAGUGGGUCAUGGGUCCACUCCUGUGGUCUGAGAGGUGGAGUCUUUUCCAGAAUAAACGUGUCUGUGUGUGCGUCUGCAUGCGUGUGGACAGACAGAGUCGCCAGAGGGACUCUUGUUACCUAGGCACCCAACCCACCUUGUGUUGUGGCUCCAGAGGGUCCUGCACCUGUUUCAGUGCCUGGUGCCAGCUGCUUUCCUUUUGCAGCUUCUUAUCCCCUGAACUCCUGUUCGUGGACCUUCUCUUCCCAAAGGAAGGGGCUUCAGCUUUCCUGUGGCUUUCUUUUCUCCAUUUCCCACAUUGCUUCCUUAGAAGAAGUUAGAGAAGGACAGUGCCGGCGGGAGUUUUCCCCCGGGGUUGAGUGGUUGUGCUGCAGACCUGUUUGCUGGGGUCUGGCCUCUGUUCCUUCCUUUUUCAGGGCACCCCCCUGUGGUGUGGGAGCCAGUGUGCCAUGUGUUAAAUCCCAGAAGCAGUGCUGCCAGGUUGCAGCAGAGAGAAUGCGUUUGCUCUGGGAAACGGGCUCUCUGAGACUGGGCGUCCUAGCAUCGCCAGGUGGAGGAGGAUGGAGGGUCUGUCCUGGACUUGGGGACGCUGGCGGCAGAGCCAGCCUGACCCAGGCUCAAUCCCAGCCCUGUUGCCUGCCGGCUCUGUGUCCUUUGACUAUUUACUUAACCUCUUUGAGUCUCAUUUUCUCAUUUAAAAUGACCCUGAUACUUUGUUUUUGUGAGAACUGAAUAAAGUACUUGCAUGAGGUGAGCAUCUGGCACAGCGUGAGCCUCUUGAGUCCUUGAUAAAGCUUCUCCCUCACCAGCCACCUUUCCCUCAGCUCUGCACACACACCGCUGGGAACCCAGCAUGUUUCUAAUAUUGAGCUUUCUCUAGAGCUGAAGUGCCUUUCAGCUUUUGUUCUGGGGAUUCCUGAAAGGGCAGGUGUCGGGCCUGAACUGAAUCUGUGAAGAACAUUCAGGAAAGACUUGCUGCAUAGAUAGUGGUGUGAAGGCUUCCUUUGGGUCUUCAGUUUCCCUCUUGAUCCCUUAAAACAGUCCCGCCUCCUCAGGGUUGACAUUCCUGACGUGCCUGCUACAGUCCUCACAUUUCUUUGAAGUCUCCUGUUUUAAAAAUGUUAGACAAAUUUCAUACCCCGUAAUUAUUCUGUUUGUGGUAGGUUGCUUACUGGCCCUAGGCCGAGGCUGUCUCUCCUGGGUCUCCACCAGGAAGGUGUGCACGGGGCGUUCAUGAGCCAGGCUGAAGAUGGGGCUUGGUUUUUACCUCAGGACCAUCGUGGGGAUCACUGAGUUACGACUUCUCCCCUAAUCCUGCUCCAGAUCCCCCUCAUUCUCUGAUAUCCCUGACCUGAUGCACAAAUAUUUUUUUCUAUUAAAAAAGUUGUUUUUGGCAGCUAGGUUGUGACAGUGCUUAGUUUUGGAGAGAGGAGAAAAUGACGGACGGGGGGGACAUGAAGGGACAUCUAGGAUCUGAUUCAUUCUGUUCCUUAACCUAGGUGGUGAGCUGCUCUCACAACUUGUACACCUUUGUGUAUGCAUGUUAUACUUCAAUUAAAGCAUCUUAUUGAAAAAGAAUUGUUUUAUCAAAGUCACAUGUUCCCAUUAUAGCAAAUUGUUCCCAUCUAAUCCUCCUGAGAUAACUCCUAACAGUAUAAGGUAUACUUUUUCAAAUAUUGUUCUAUUCUAUAAACAACUAUAUACACAUUUGUUCUGGUAAUCAAGUGGCAUCAUGCUGUUUGUGAUCUUCCUCAUACCAUAAAGUGCUGUUCCUCAACUUGAUUCCCUUGUUUUUGCUGAGGAAGAUUCGCCCUGAGCUAACAUCUGUGCCAGUCUUCCUCUAUUUUGUAUGUGGGUUGCUGCCACAGCAUGACCACCAAUGAGUGGUGUAGAUCCACACCUGGGAACCAAGCCUGGGCUGCCGAAGCAGAGCCUGCUGAACGUAACCACUAGGCCAUGGGGCCAGCCCCUCAGCUUGAUUUUUAUGACUAGUACUCUAUGGUAGACGUUUUUCCAAGUCUGUAUGUGUAGAGAGAGAUCUGCCUCAUUCUUUUCUAUUUUGUUAUAUGGCUGAUCCAUAAUUUAACUCUUCCCCUAUUAAUGAUUAUGCCUAAAAAUCUAAAGAAAGAACCUUUUAAAAAUCAUUUCUAUAAUAAGUAUACCCCAAAUUAUUUUUUAAGUUAACAUCGUAACUUUAUGAAACACCUGUAUGCAGUAAAGCAACCUAAAUGUGAUUUCAGUUUUUUCUUUCUUCCUUUUUUGUGUCUAUGGGAUUUGAGAGGGAAUUUCAAUUCUACUAGUUAAAGUAUAGUUUUAGCUUUAUCCAGAAUCCACUAUUUAUCAUCAGAGCAGAAACAAAUAUUUUGUAACAUAAUUGGACUAAUCUUAAUGACAUUCUUCUAAGUACCUUUUAUGAAGUUUUUUAUUAUGCCUGCAGCUGAAAUUAUUCAAGUUCCUAAGACAGUUGUACAGGGUCUCCAUCCCUCGUGAAAGACUCACAUCAUUUAUCCUCCAGCUGCCGGAGGAGAAUGGGCUGUGUGGGGGCGGGGCAGGAGCACUGUGGGGCUCAGGGGAGAAGACGCGGCAGCCUGGCCCCAGGUAGUAGCCAUUUAGGACCUGAUUCAUUCUGAAGGUGGGUUGGCAGGAUUUGCUGCCGGCCUGGCUGUGGAGUAUGAGGGGAAGAGAGGAGUCAGCCAUGGCCCCCGUGUGUUUGGCCUUAGCAAAGGCAGGGAUGGAGUUGUCACUGGCUGAUGUGGGGAGACCCCAGCAGAGCAGGCCUCAGGGUGAGGAGGUGAGGGCUUCUGUGUGACUAUUCACAUCAGAUCCGUUCUCCUCCCGAAACCCUCCAGUGGCUUACUCUCAGAGUAACAGCCAAAGUCCUCACAGCCUCCAAGGCACAGUGUGAUUGUCCCCUUCUACUCUUCCUUUACUUACUCGUCAUCACCACGCUGACUUUGCUGCUUCUAGAACACUCCGGCAUUCUCUUAAGCCAGGGCCUUUGCAAAUAUCGUUUCCUCUGCCUGGAAUGCUCUUUCCUUGGCCGUGGGCAUGUCUCUCUCUCUCCCCCUUCAGACCAAGACCACCCCCGCGCCCUGCACUUCCUAUGCCUUUAUUGCACCUGACACCCGACAUAAUGUGCUUUGAAAAAACUUUUUAUUGUGGAAAAUUUCAAACAUAGACCAAAGUAGAGAACAGUUUAAUGAGCUGCCAUGUACACAGCUUCAAUAAUUAACAACACAGGCUCAUCGUGUUUCAUCUUUACUCCUAGCCAUUGGCCCUGUUAUUUUGAAACAUUUUGAUCCAGACAUCAUAUCAUUUUAUCUAUAAAUAUUCAGAGUGCUUUACUUCUUUGUUUAUUUGUCCCCCACCCCCAGCCCACACCAGAGUGUAAACUUGGCAAGGGUGGGGAUUUUUUUUGGUCUAUCUUGUUCACUGUUGUAUACCCAGCAUCUAGUACAAUGCCUGGCACACAGUAGCUACAUAACAAAUAUCUAUUAAAAGAAUAAUUGAGUCAAGUUAGAUGAGGACUGAAGUUUGAACUUUGGGUUGAACACCAGAAGGGUGACUCUACUUGACCAGCUUUUUCAGAGCUGAAAGGCCUAAUCGGAGUAGUUCAGGAGAGAUUGGGGAAAAAAGAAUCAGAAAUAGUGAUUAUAGACAAUACUUGGUAGGAGUUUUUGGAUACAGAGGCAGAGGAAAUAGGACAGGUGAGAUCAGAAGAGAGUUUUCUUUAAAAUAGGAGAAAUUUUAGCAUGUCCGUGUGCCGCUGGGAAUAAUCUGGGAAAAGGAGAAAAUGAUGAUGUCAGAGAGAGAGGACAGUUACUGGAGUGAUACCCACGAGCUGGUGCGGUAGUUACCAGUUGCUGUAUAACAAAUUCCCCCAAAACUUCAUGGCUUAAGAUAAAAACAGUUAUCCAACAGUUUCAUGGGUCAGGAAUUCAGGAGCAGCCUAGCUGGGUGGUUCUGAUUCAGGGUCUCUCACGAGGGUACAGUCAAGAUGUCAGCCAAGGCUGCAGUCAUCCAUGGGCGUGACUGGGGCUGGAGGACCCUCCUUCCAAGCUCAGAUGCCUGGCUGUGGGCAGGAGGCCUAGUUCCUUGCCACAUAGACCUCUCCAUGGGACUGCUUGAGUGUGCUCAUGACAUGGUAGCUGACUUCCCCCAGAGCAAGGGAUCCAGGCAAGCAAGAGAGACCAAGAUGGAAGCCACAGUGCUUUUUAUCACCUAGUACCAGAGGUUGCACAUUAUCACUUACCCUUUCUUUGGCUUGUUAGAAUCUAGUCCCUAAGUACAGCCCACACUCAAUGGGAGAAGAAUUGGGUACCAUCUUUUGAGUGGAGGGAGUAUACAGUAGGAUUACCAGAUAAAAUGCAGGACACUAAGUUAAAUUUGAAUUCUAGAUAAACAAGUAACUUAUCAGUGUUGGUAUGUCCUAGAUUUUCCAUACUUACAUUAAAAAGUUAUUUGUUGUUUAUCUGAAAUUUGUUGUUUAUCUGAAAUUCAAGUUUAUUGGAUGACCUGCAUUUUUAUUUAUUGGAUUUGGCAACCCUAGGAAGAAUUGGUAGGCAUAUUUUAGAACCACUACGCUAGCCUCAGAGGGAAUGGGAUGUAGUGCGGAGAUGGAGGCACUGACCUUAUGUAGACACACGUCUGAGGGAAGGCAGAGCACACGGCAGGUUCAGAUAGGUGGCUGAUAGGUAGGUAAGUCCAGAUAGGUAGGUGAUAGUAGGUAGGUGCAGUGAGGAAAGCAGGUGCACAUUCUCUUGUAAUUGCUUCUGUUUUCUCACUGAAGUGAGAGACAAGGUGGGCUUCUCCCCCCAACCUUGUCUUGGACUUCCACACUUACACACUGAGCUCACCCUUGAUUCAGAGCCUUUGUUCUGCUUGAAUCCCCUAAUUCCGGUCACCGUCCAUCCUGCUCCUUUUCUCCCUCAGACCUCUCCACCCUCCAUCAUCUUUGGAGACCACCAAUUGCUUGUGCAGAGUGAUGAAACACAGGACGUCAGGUUGAGGAGCCUGGGUUCUGCUUUGACUUUUCCUCUGGUUUUAUUGCCUCUCCGAGCUUCCACAAUUCUACCUCAAUGUUUCAUAUGUUUUUUACUUUGUGCCACAGUAAGAAAUCCAUUGGAUGUUGUGACCCAGAACACAUGUGUCUCAAAAGUGUUACGAGCCAUACCUGGCAGCGUGGAGAGCAUACUGGUAUUUUUCUGUUCUAUCAUAUUCCAGUUUCUUUCUUUGCUCUCCCCUCCCCCCAAAAUAGGUUCACACCCAUAAAAUUGAUUUCACGACUCCCUCUUGAUGGAUCCAUUCCAAGCUGAAAAUCACUGCCUUCCCUAACAGAUGGAUUGUACUCUUGCACUCCGGGGGCAUGUUGGCAGAGCCCACUGAAAUUGGUCCUCCAAAUGUGUAAUUGGUGCUCUUCCUUGUAGUGGUGACGAAUUGUGUAGAGAGACGCUUUGCUGGAGCCUCCGUGAGAAUUUUAUUUUUGAUUGAAGACACAAGAUGACCAUUUUGCUCUUUUUUCCAAAGCUCUAUCUUGAGCGUAAAUUAAAUGCAAAAUAGAUUUUGUAGAAGAACAGUUGUAGUGGUUUUAGAAGGAAAUUUAAAAGAUUUUAUGGUUCUUAGGUCAACUUUCAGUGCAUUAAAUCUGGGUAUUUUAUUUGAUUGAUUUUAAUUUUGAAAUGAUUUUCAAACCUCACAUUACCUGUGUAAGCAUGAAGUUGAAAGAAAAUCCUGGAGUUUUUGCUGUCGUUAUUUUUAAGCAAAUAUAGAUGAUGGCACUUAACAGAACUUCAUUUUACUUUUUGUAAAAAAUCAGUCUCCGUGUUUCAAAUCCAGCAGAAGAUUCAUCUCUCUUUUGCAUCUGAGAAUACUAAAAGUAAUGUAUUUUAGUUCAAAAAAA